AUGGCACUGCGGUUUGAGGCCAUGUACCCAGAGGGGAUGUGUCCUGGCUGGAAGAGACCACUCUCCGUCACUUCUUUCUCUCACUGUCUUAGGUUUGAAAUUAAUUUGCUCUGUGAUCCUGGAGACCAAAUCGCUCUCCACUUUAACCCUCGCUUCUCCAGCUCCAAAAUCGUCUGCAACUCCUUCCUUGCCAGCCACUGGGGGAAGGAAGAGGUCAAUAACACCUUCCCCUUUGAAGCAAAGGAGCCGUUCCAGGUUGAAAUCUACUCUGACCGGGACUAUUUCCACAUUUUCAUCGAUGAAAACAAAAUCUUGCAGUACAAGCAUCGGCAGAAGCAGCUUUCAUCCAUCACCAAACUGCAGAUUCUCAAUGAUAUUGCCAUUUCUUCAGUGGAAAUCACCAAACGAGACCUUUACUAG